AUGUCGCCGCUCCAAGAUUUUUCGCCGUUUCAUACAUCUGAUACAUCCAACACAACAUCGUCGAUGGCUCAAGACAAGCAGGGGACACUACCCGGAUUGAAGCGCGGAGUUGCAAUCGGCAUUACCUGUUCCGCUGCUAUCAUACUCAUCCUUCUUGUAGUUCUCUUUGUGAUCACGCGACAGAAGAGGCUAGGAAAGCGGAAGCAGCAGAAGCAAGACAAGUUUGCCAACAAAAUAGUCUUUGAGGAAGUGUGGUGGCAAGAGAAGACAACAAAGUUGACCCAGUCACCAACACAUCCACCGAAAGGGAUGGAAACGUCCGAUAUCCAAGGACAUAAUGGUUCUAGAGAGGCCGAACGACAUCCCAGCCGAAUAAGCACCCAAAUAGCACCACACGAAAACUGUUAUCCCUUGAGCCAAACGCCUGACCACCCACGAAAACCAGCCUCCAGCCUGUCGUUCUUCAAAGUAUCCUCCCACCAAGAUACCUACAGGAAGGCUUACUGGCGAUACUCGCACCUGCUUGGCUCUCUGGGACCGUCCAAAUUCUCCUUUGAGCAUCACAGCCACUCAUCCAUGCCCAUAGAGCUCACACAUCUCAGCACUACGGCUUACAUUGAAUCACCAGAAGACUUGCCGGGAACCCGGGUGCAGGCUUACCUUACUAACAAUCCGUCUCCACAUCCACCCGCUUUCUCCCAUCCUUUCCCGUCACUUCUUAACGAAAGACUGGUAUGGACUGUGAGUCACACUGGAUCAUCAAGCAACGUUCUCCCAUCAUCAAACCUAGCACUAUCCGGACCAUCAGCAGGUGUCAAGGCGGGAAGUAUGGUCAAGGGCGUGGCUGUGUCAGGACCCGUCAUGGUGUUCAGCGCUGCGCUUGUACUGAAGAGGAAAGGGGACAAAGAACUGCUGGGCGAGUAUGCGGGAAUAAAGCAGAGGGACGCAAUUGUGGUUCCGGCAUAG